CUUAUCAUAGAGGGACAGAGUCCAACGUCCUUAAAAUCCUCCCUGGUCCUUAUCCAUUAAGAACAAUCUUCAGAAUAAUUAAAGUUCCUCAAACCUCUUGAUUGGACGUAAGAGGAAGAAGAAGGCGUCACCUUUGAAGAUGCGGUGCGCAUUUUCCAUCUGAAUUUGGGAGAAAGGAGAUAAGCGGCUGAUUCAUCCCCACAAACUCUUCACGUCAGCACCAGAAGACUUUUGGGUGAAGUCUGGGAUAAUGGCUGGAUGUUGCAUCUCUGCAGAGGAGAGAGAGAACCAGAGGAUCAACGAGGAGAUCGAGAAGCAGCUGCGCAAAGACAAGAAGGAUUCCCGCAGGGAGCUGAAGCUGCUGCUGCUGGGUACUGGGGAGAGUGGAAAGAGUACGUUCAUCAAACAGAUGAGGAUCAUUCAUGGAGGGGGGUACACAGAUGAAGACAAGAGGAGCUACGCCAAACUGGUCUACCAGAACAUCUACACAUCCAUGCAGGCCAUGGUCCGAGCCAUGGAGGCACUAAAUAUAGCCUUCUCUGACUCCAACAACAAGAGCCAUGCAGAAGCCGUCCUGGAUGUGGAGGUGGAUAAGGUGGAGGAGAUGGAUCAGAGCCUGGUAGCAGCGGUGAGGAGUCUGUGGAAAGAUGACGGGAUACAGGAGUGCUACGACCGACGCAGAGAGUACCAGCUGUCUGACUCCACCAAAUACUAUCUCACAGACCUGGACAGAAUUGCACAACCUUGCUACAUCCCUGACCUGCAGGACAUCCUCAGAGUCCGAGUGCCGACCACAGGAAUCAUUGAAUACCCAUUUGACAUGGAGAACGUCAUCUUCAGGAUGGUGGACGUGGGUGGUCAGCGGUCAGAGAGGAGGAAGUGGAUCCACUGCUUUGAGAACGUCACCUCCAUCAUCUUCCUGGUGGCGCUCAGCGAGUAUGACCAGGUCCUGGCUGAGUGUGACAAUGAGAACCGUAUGGAGGAGAGCAAAGCUCUGUUCAAAACCAUCAUAACCUAUCCAUGGUUCCAGCGCUCCUCUGUCAUACUUUUCCUCAACAAGACCGACAUCCUCAAGGAGAAGAUCGUCUACUCUCACUUAUCCACCUACUUCCCAGAGUUCACAGGACCUCAGCAGAACCCCGAAGCAGCUCAAGAUUUCAUCCUAAAAAUGUACCAAGAACAAAAUCCAGACAAGGACAAGACCCUGUACCCUCACUUCACCUGUGCCACGGACACAGAAAACAUCCGCUUUGUCUUUAUUGCUGUCAAAGACACCAUCCUCAAACAAAACCUGAAGGAGUUCAACCUGGUGUAAAAAGACAAAGAGGAGACGAAGAGAGGAGACAUAGAACAAUUAGACAUAGAGAAGCUUCCCCUUGUUACAAUAAGACCAAAAGGAUUUUUGUCAACAGAAGCUCUCUGCUGACAUACAUCCAUGUGCUUUACCCACCCCAUUAGCUGGUUGUUCUCCUGAGAACUACAUUUCUUUUUCUUAUUAUCUCAGAGUAAAAAAAAAAAAAAAAGUUUGCCCAUUAUAACAGAUUAAUUUUAUCAUUUUUUUUUUCUUGUGAUAUCAGGAUCCCUUUCCAUCAGCAGACCAUUAUGUUAUGAACUGAUACAAAAUUCAUGAAGCUUGUAUAAACUUUGUUUUUAAUACUUAAUUUAUUACCAUUAAAGGUACAGUGUGUAAUAUUUAGACUUGUAGCAUUAAGCAGAAUAAACUUGAUAGAAAUUAAACAUAAUAUUUAUAAGAUGACCUAUCUAAAUUUAUGUUUAAUGACUUGAAUAUUUAAAACGGUUUAAUUUUAUUUACUUGGAAUAAGCCUUUAAUUCAUACACUAUAUGGGCAAAAGUAUCAGCCACCCCAACUCAACUCAAACUUUAUUUAUAAAGCACGUUUAAAAGAACCGGUGUUGACUAAAGUGCUGUACAAAUCAAACCUGACUAUUACACCAACAGGGACUGUGAUGAAAUUGCAUUCAAAUGCUUCAAUAUAGAUGGGCCUCUUUCACCACAUCCCAUUCUUUCAUCCCUGUUUCCUGCUGUCUACUGUCCUAUCACUAAUAAAGCCAAAAAAGCCCCAAAAUAAAUCUUACAAAAAAGCUGUUCACUGGAGAUAAGGGGCCGAGUCAAAACUCUGAAAAACAGCCCCAUACCUUUAACCCCUGCAAAUCUCCUGCAACCCACAGGUGGGUUGCAGGAGAUUUUCUUUGGAUAGCCAAAUUACUUCUCAGAACAUCUCUACUACAAUCUUUAAUGGGACAUUUACAUCUGCAGUACACAUUAUGGCCACAGCAGGGAGCUCCACCCUAUCAAACUCAGCCUCUCAACCAUAAUAAAACACAGAACAAUGCUCUACCAGCCACUGCAUGGCAAAAACACUAAAGUCACAGUCAUUGAUGCUUGGCUGAUAAUAAAAUGAUGCAUUGUUCCAGACUUCCAGGCUCUGGAAAGCACCAGGUCAGGACAAGAUUAGGUCUAAAUUAAUGUUAUCGGAGCACUUCAGAACGACCCAUUUUGUAUCACAAAUGUUAGCAAAGGAAGACUGCAUGACUGAUUUAUACACCUGUGGACGUCAGCAUGUUGGAUUUUUGCAUCUUGCAUGUUUCUACAGUAACACAAAGGAUAGUAAGUUGUCACCAAUAUUCCCAGUUUUACACACUGCACCUUUGAGAAAUACCAUUUUUAUUUUACAGUGUGCCAGUUAGUAGCCAUGAAAGUAACAGCUGUUUGUGACGUUGUUUUAGAUGUAAAUAUUUGACUGUGUGCUUAAAUAAAACCUACUUUACUGUUUUUAGAGGGAGAUGUAAGUUAUAUUUGACAUUUUCAA